AUUUCUUUUUUUUUUUUUUUGGAGAAAUAUUAGUAAUAUUAUUCAGUAUUAUUCUAAUUGUAAUUGAAUUAGUUUGAUUUGUGUAAAAGAAAAAAAAAAAAAAAAGUCUGCGUUAUAUUCUCCUUUACUUUUCCAAUCAGACCAGACGAACCUCAAGCAAUCAGUCAUGGCGUCUCACCUCCUCAGACGUUUUACUCAGAUCCUCUCUUCCGCCAACCCAGCUGGAUCCAACUCCGUUAGGGCUUUCUCUCCCGCUGCGACUCCUAUCACCGCUACACUCUUCCCCGGCGAUGGUAUUGGUCCAGAAAUCGCCGAAUCCGUCAAACAGGUAUUUAGAGCAGCUGAGGUUCCAAUUGUGUGGGAAGAGCACUAUGUCGGGACGGAAAUAGAUCCUAGAACUGAAAGUUUUCUAACAUGGGAAAGUUUGGAGUCAGUUCGAAGAAAUAAAGUAGGCUUGAAAGGGCCGAUGGCCACACCAAUUGGAAAAGGUCAUCGUUCUUUGAAUUUGACUCUCAGGAAAGAACUUAAUUUGUAUGCCAAUGUCAGGCCUUGCUACAGCCUUCCAGGAUAUAAAACUCGCUAUGAUGAUGUGAAUCUUAUCACCAUCCGUGAAAAUACAGAAGGGGAAUACAGUGGUCUUGAACAUCAAGUGGUGAGAGGUGUUGUAGAAAGUCUCAAAAUCAUUACUCGCCAGGCAAGUUUGAGGGUGGCUGAAUACGCUUUUCAUUAUGCGAAGGCCCAUGGUCGAGAGAGAGUAUCUGCAAUACACAAGGCAAACAUUAUGCAGAAAACUGAUGGUCUGUUUCUUAAGUGCUGCCGUGAGGUUGCAGAGAAGUACCCUGAGAUAAAAUACGAGGAAGUUGUUAUUGACAACUGCUGUAUGAUGCUUGUAAAGAAUCCAGCACUUUUUGAUGUAUUGGUGAUGCCUAACCUCUAUGGUGACAUUAUCAGUGACCUCUGUGCAGGAUUGAUCGGUGGUUUGGGCUUGACACCAAGCUGCAAUAUUGGUGAAGGGGGCAUUGCUCUUGCAGAAGCUGUACAUGGUUCAGCACCUGAUAUUGCUGGGAAGAAUAUGGCAAAUCCCACUGCCUUACUGUUAAGUGCUGUCACUAUGUUGCGCCAUUUAGAGCUCCAUGACAAGGCUGACAGGAUUCAGAAUGCUAUCCUUAAAACAAUUGCUGAGGGGAAGUAUAGAACUGCCGACCUUGGUGGCAAAUCUUCUACAACUGAUUUUACGAAGGCAAUAUGUGAUCACCUUUAAAAAUUCCUUGAUAGAAUUUUGAUUUGCAUUGUUUCCAGCAAAAUGGUUCACCUUUCUUUUGCGAGCCAUAUUUUGAAACCUGUUUUAGUUGUUUCCCAAACGGAAUAAGACCGCAUCACUGUGAUGGUUGUAAAGAAGCUCGUAGGAUUGCCCCUCUAAACAGAGGAGCUGAACGGCAUUAAAUAGUAGCUUGUUCUGCAUGCUCUGGCCUAUUUCAACAUCUCAAAAUGAAAAAAUGAUUGGAUUCCUUUGGAGGAUAAUUUUCCAUGCUGCAAGUUUUUUCAGGAGAAUAUUGUUGUCCGAAUAACAAGAAAUGAGGGUAUACUUUAUAAUUUGGUUUUUAUUUCACUUUUAUCCCUAUUCUUCUAUAUUUCAAGCAUAAAUUAUUUCACUGUAUUUCAGAUAGAUGAAGAACUACGUUUACUCUCUAUUUAACUGUAUCGCCAUCGAAAUGAAAUAGGCUCUUUUCUUCUUUUUGAUGCUCA